AAGGUUGUAAGAACUUCUUCGGAGGAGGAUGAUGAUUUAAUCAAGCAGUAGUCGGAUAAUGCAGUUUACAAACACGUGGCGACAUCUUUCGGCAACCGUUCGGCGUUUCGAAAUUUGAAAGCGGACAACGCUUAUUUUUUUUCGUCUGUUCGCCGUGUAGUGUGUUUUGCAGUGUUUUGUGUCCGUUUUUAUUUACAAUUCUCUGAAAAAUCAAGAUUAGUAUUGCUAACAGACACCAAUACUAAAAGCAUCAAGUUUCGUCGAGGAUUGAAGAGUAAUCGAGUCAGAUACGUUGAUUUGUAUUUGAUUUAACCUAGAAAAAUAAGGAGAUCAAAACAAUAGAAGACACAAACAAUGCCGUACGCCAACCAACCGUCUGUACAUAUCACAGAUUUAACAGACGAAAAUGUAAAGUUUUUCAUCGAAGACACUGACCUCAGUGUCGCGAACAGCAUUAGGAGAGUUCUGAUAGCAGAAACCCCGACCAUGGCCAUCGAUUGGGUGAAACUGGAUGCAAAUUCCACUGUGCUCAGUGACGAAUUCAUUGCACAUCGCGUCGGUUUGAUACCACUCAUCUCUGACGAUGUUGUCACUACAUUGCAGUACCCCAGGGACUGCAUAUGCUCGGACUUUUGCACCAAUUGCAGUGUCGAGUUCACCUUGGAUGUGAAAUGCACAGAUGAACAGACCAGAUACGUUACCACGGCUGACCUAAGAUCAACCAACAAUGCAGUGCUUCCGGUCACCUCAAAACACAGGGAUGAUGAUUCUGCAGAGUACGGGGAGACAGACGAGAUUCUCAUUGUCAAAUUGCGAAAAGGGCAGGAGCUAAAGUUACGCGCUUACGCUAAAAAAGGUUUCGGCAAGGAGCACGCUAAAUGGAAUCCGACUGCGGGCGUCUCCUUCGAGUAUGAUCCGGAUAACGUGAUGCGUCACACUCUGUUCCCGAAGCCGGACGAAUGGCCGAAAAGUGAAUACAGCGAACUGGACGAAGACCAAUAUGAGGGUGUAUUCAACUUGGAUGCGAAACCGGUCAAAUUCUUUUUCAAUGUGGAAUCUACAGGCGCAUUGAAACCGGAGAACAUCGUGACGAUGGGCGUCGAACAGCUGAGAAAUAAAUUGUCCAACGUCUUGACGCAGCUCACCAUUGAACUGCAGUCGGACGCAUUGGCAAUCGCUUAAUGUUAUUUAAUACGAUCCAAGCGUUCCAUUUCUACAAUAAAUAUUUAU